UAAAAAAGAAGAAAUAGAAAACUUGUGUUGCAGAGUCGAGUUCGACGGAAAAGAAGUCUCUGGAAGCUCCUAGAAAUCUCAACCUCAGACCUCAAAACAAAAUUCUCUCUCCUUCUAUCGGAAAAUCUGCUUCUCCGGUUAUGGUCGCUUAGCUGGAUGCAAACAUACUUCUAAUUUCAGUUCAGGGAAAGGAGGGCUUACCAAAUCUGGAGCAGAGAGAGAACAAAAACACCAACAAACCUGAAGAUUUGUUUUCUCCAUGUGAUACUGACUCAUGCAAAGAACAGAAAAAGAUAUCGUCAGAUAAUACAACGAUGUCUGAUCAUUGUUUCAAGAGUGGCAAUGUAGAUUCUAGUAGUAGUGAGCUUUGUGCAGAUGAUAGCAUCUUAGGAGGCAAGUGCGUGGUGGAGGAUGAUAGUGUGUCUCAAUAUUCAAUCAAUCACAUAUCUCAAACUGACAAUGAACUCAGCUUUCUUGAUAAUGAUGGGUGGCUCAAUAUAGGAAACUUUGAAGAUGUUGAUAGGAUGAUGUUAAGUUGUGACUUAACAUUUGGAAUGGAGAGCCUCAAUAAUGAAGAGGAGUUCUGUUGGCUUCCUUCUUCACAUGGAACUGAAGGAUCUGAUGAUGCAUUGAAGUCUGAGUUCAAAUUUUCUUCUGCUGAAGCAAGUCCGCUGAAAAGUAUAUCAGAUUAUAACAUAGACACAAAUGAGAAUAUCGAAGGUCUGCCACUUAAUGUCUGCAACAAUAAAGCAUCUCCUAUUGAUAAAAAAUUGAGGUCUCAAAUGAAUGUCAACCAUGAUGCUGGUCCUUCUUCAUUAUCAUCAUUCCAUGAAUCAGACAUGAAAUCUGGUAAUACAGAUGCCUCGAUGGCUAAAAUUAAGAUGCAAGGGAAGCUGUCAAAACCAUCAGCAGGAAAGAGAAAAAAUGGCUACCUAGGAAAUGGUGAUUCUGAUCAUCCUUAUGCUCAAGUGGAGCAAUAUGCAAAUCUGAAGCAACCCUUUGGAGCUUCUUGCAGUGGGGUCACUUCACAGGAUAGCAUCCACAAACAUAGACCAAACAUGGAUUCUAAUUCUUUAGGACACAUACAGAUACAGACUGACCUAAUGCACCCAGACUAUAGUCAUACUUCAAAUUACACUUCCCUCCUUCCAACUUUGUCUGGAUCUAUGUCUGAACAUGAUGGACAUCCAUCUCCUUCUUUUAAAGAAUCAUCAUUUGCAUCAAACAUGGAAAGUUCUCAUGGUCAUAAUUUGGAGGCUGUUGCCUUGAAAACAAAUGAUGAAAGAGAUAAUUUAUAUCUUUGCCAAGAUGCACAACUACUAAGUCCGAGUUUCAAAAGGGAAAAUAUGGAAAAUCCUGUGCCAUUCAAUAGUCCAGGCUCAGCUCAGAUGGUAGUUCAUCAGUUUGAAAAUGAGAAUGAGGGCCAUAGUGAAGUAGGAGGAGUUAGCAUAGGAUUUUCACAAGAAAUAGACUCAUCAAAUGUGCAGGAAAGCUCAUCUAUGAGCUCUGCAUUGGAUGAAACCUCACACGAAGCAACUAGCUUUCGCCAGCUGCAACAGGUCAUGGAUCAGUUGGAUAUUAGAACCAAACUAUGCAUAAGGGACAGUCUAUAUCGAUUGGCUAAGAGUGCUGAACAAAGACAUUAUGAUACCAAUGCAAUUGGUCAAAUUGGUGAUGAUGUUGAAGCCUGCAAAUCAGUAACGACACAGGAUGCAAACAGGUAUACGGGAUUCAUGAAUAUGGAAACUAAUACAAAUCCCAUCGAUCGAACUAUAGCACACUUACUGUUUCACAGGCCUUCAGAUCCAUCAAUGUUGCCCCAUAAUGAUCCUUUACCUUUCAAAUCCAGUUCCAUGUUACGUGGUUCGGUGAUCAACCCAGCAGUAGUGACUGAGAAGCAGAUUUGUCAGGAAGAAUCUUCUACUGGAGUAGAAAAGUCGUGUUAAAGGGUAACACCUCGUGAAAAGAGAAACUAGCGUUAACUUUAUUUUGGGGUACAAUGUCAUAUAUGAUGUAUAAUUAUUCGGAGACUUACCCAGAUCUUGUUAGUGAUUCAUUUUUUUUUUUUUUCAUCCGAUACCAUUAUAUUGAUGCAUAAAUGGCCGAUCAUCAAUAUAAGGUAGCGUAUGAGUUUUUCAUGUAAAAGAAAUAAUUUUUUAGUGUAGGCUUUUGAUUUAUAAGUAGUCAACCUUCUCAACCCAA